AUGGCCCUGGAAAUGCAAUACCUCGGUAUGGUCUCCGGCUGGUCUAUAGAGAAGUAUGAAGAACCAUGGCCUCCAGAAACAUCAUGGCCGACAAUCAACCGCGUCGUCACGGUAGGAGAUUUCAUAUUCACUCUGAUCUUUACGAUAGAUGUCACAGUUCGCGUGGUGGUGCUGCGCUGCCGCUUCUGGCGGGCCAUCAUGAACUGGAUCGAUGCAAUUGUGGUGGCAACAUCGAGCGUCCAGUGGUUUAUGCCCAGCCUGGCCAUUGAUGCAGUCUACCUUCGCCUUAUUCGCUUAGGGAAGCUUGCCAGAGCCUUCCGUAUGGUCACCAUGUCUCGGUCAAUGGAUUCAUUGCAGCUAUUGCUCAAGUGCUGUGCUUCGUCAGUGGACAUGCUCUUUUGGUCAUUCUGUCUUCUCACCUUCAUCCAGUGUAUUGCUGGGAUGAUCCUAAGUGCGCUUGUCAGAGAAUACCUCAAUGACGCUUCCAAGCCCUUGGCUGUCCGACAGCAGGUUUGGGACUACUACGGCACCUUCACUCGGACUUUUCUCACCAUGUUUGAGAUAUUGUUUGCCAACUGGGGACCACCAUGUCGCGUGCUUGUAGACUUCGUCGACGAGGCCUUCUCGUUGUUCUUCCUGGUUUACCGCUGUAUGAUCGGUUUCGCAGUCCUGAAUGAUUCUGAGCGCAUGCUAGCAGUAAAUUUGUUUCCUCUUUUGUGCGGAGAUGUUCCCUGCGAAUCCUCCCUGUUCAUGUCAGCUGCCGAGCCUCAGGUUGUGAAUGCAGUGUUUGUGCAACAAACUCUGCUCAUGGCAGCGAACGAUGAAGACCUGGCCUUCAAGCAAAAGCAGAAAGAUUGGGCCCUUUACACGAAGAAGGUGCAGCGUCUGUUCAGCGCCAUGGAUACUUCAGAGGACGGCAUGGUGACGUUCGAUGAGUUCGCCCAGCUCAUCGAGUCACCAAAGCUUCGGUUUUGGAUGAGCCAGUUGGAGCUGGAUUACCAUGAUUUGCUGGGCCUCUUUGAGAUGCUGGAUGAUGGAGAUGGAGAGAUUUCCAUGAAGGAGUUCAUUGAGAACGCGCAGAAACUGAAAGGCCCUGCAAAAGCCAUUGACAUGCAUCGGCUGGUGACCAAGAUCCAGUUCAAGAACAUGAGGAGACUGUGCUGGACAAGUUUGAACUCCUUCGUCAUGAGCUGCAGACUGAGGCUGGAGACUAAGCUGGAGCUCAUUCUGGCGCAGGUCCUUGCUAAUACUUCCUCACCUAACGCACGGUCCCAUCGGUCUUCAACGCGUUCUCUCCAGACGCUGUUCACGGCAGCCGGUCUAUCCCGUGAGAGCCAUGGCUUUGCCUCUAGAAUGGCAGCAGCCUCCGCCUUGGGGGAAGAGGACCAGCCCGGGAACCAGAGUGAGCUACGGGCCGAGAAGGCGAACAUGAGACGAUCGUGCCUUGUCUGA